CUGGCGCUGCGCCGCUGGUGGAUUGCCGGCUUCACCGUCGCCCUGGUGGUGGUUCGGAUCGCCAUUGCCGCCGGCAUCGAAUUGUUUGGGUCGGCGGGAGAAGAUCCCUACAGCGCGCUGUCCGCCGUCACGGCGGCCUUUGAUGUCUUGUGCAUCGGGUCGGCCGUUGUGACCGUGGUGGCUUUCGUGCAGUACGGCCGUAUCUUCAAAGCGCGGGUGCCGACGGAAUGA